AUGGACGAGUCCGGAAGCCAGCCACCAGAGGCAAUAUACCCUGCGCGCUCGCAGAACAUCCUUGGCGGCGACGGCGGAGGAGUGUAUACUCUCAGGAGUCGGGAGGCUUCGGCGUUUGGAGUGGCUGCUGUCCGCUCUUCUGACAAAACAAAGGAGUUCAUCAAAGACGUUGGUGUCGACUCCGAAACGGGCAGCGUAGACUCUCGAGACAUCAAGAGAAGACAGGUCUUCCAUGGAUGGAAGCUCUUAUGGUUAGCCUAUCAAUCUAUCGGGGUGAUUUACGGCGACAUCGGCACCAGUCCGUUGUACGUGUAUUCGUCGACUUUCUCUUCUCCUCCAAGCCGGGAUGAUCUGCUUGGAGCUUGCUCGUGGAUUAUCUGGUCCCUUACGAUCAUGGUCACCAUCAAGUACUGUUUCAUCGUCCUCCGAGCCGAUGACGAAGGAGAGGGUGGGACUUUUGCCCUGUUCUCCCUUUUGACUCGGUAUGCCAACAUUGUUCGCCGCCAUCCGCGUGAAGCGCAGAUGGUCAGGAUGGAGCGACACAUGACCGGAGACCUUCGCAAGCCAGCACGGACGGCGCGGAAUCUCAUGGAGCGCUCCUCCAUUGUCCAAUGGAUCCUCAAAGUUUUAGGUGUUUUUGGUGUCGCGUUGGUUAUGUCUGAUGGUGUUCUCACCCCUGCACAAUCUGUUCUGGGAGCAAUCCAAGGAAUUGAAGUCGUGUCGUCCAAUAUCACCCAGUCCACUGUGAUCGGAUCUUCUUGCGCCAUUCUCGUUGUGCUCUUCCUACUGCAGCCAUUCGGUAUUACAAAGCUGGCGAGCUCCUUUGCUCCGAUCGUCAUCGUCUGGCUCCUCUUCAACGCGGUUUUUGGUAUUUACAACUUGGCCAAGCACGACGCCUCUAUGCUCAAGGCUUUCUCUCCGUACUUUGCUGGACACUACCUGGUUAAGAACGGAAGAGAGGGCUGGAUCAACCUCGGAGGAAUCCUCCUCGCUUUCACAGGUUGCGAGACCCUAUACGCCGACCUUGGAGCCUUCAGUGCACCGGCCGUACGGUUGUCUUGGCUAUACUUUGCCUAUCCCUGCUUACUAUUGAGCUAUAUUGGACAAGCAGCCUACCUCUCCGACAUUCCCGAUGCCUACAACAACCCGUUCUUCAAGACUGUGCCUCCAGGGUGUAUUUGGCCGUCACUCAUCAUCGCGAUCCUUGCCGCCAUUGUUGCGAGCCAGGCGACCAUAACUGCCACAUUCCAGCUGUUGACUCAGAUCAUGAAACUGUCCUACUUCCCCCAGCUCAAGGUGGUGCACGUCUCCAAGAUUUUCUACGGCCAGGUCUAUAUGCCUAUCGCAAAUUGGUUACUCAUGACUGGCACUAUAGUGGUCACAGCGGCAUAUACAAACACGACCAAUCUUGGACAUGCUUACGGAGUCUGUGUUAUCCUGGUCACGUUCCUUACCACCAACAUGGUGGCCGUGGUGGCCCUGAUUGUCUGGCGCUAUCCACUCUAUGUCGUCGCGCCCGUCUGGUUUGUAUUUGCACUGUGGGAUGGUGUUUUCCUCUCCUCUGCCCUCACCAAAGUCCCCAGCGGCGCAUGGUUUACCUUGGCUCUCGGGGUGAUCUUGGUAUCCUUCUUCGUUCUAUGGAGAUUUGGAAAAGAGCAACAGUGGAAAGCUGAGGGAUUUGAACGGAUCCCCACGUCCGAUAUACUUCAAUCUACCGACAGUACAAGCGAACAUAGCCGGAAACUCAAACUCGCACCUGCCUUUGGCGAUGAAGAGAUUACCCGGAUCAACGGUAUUGGCGUCUUCUUCGAUAAGUCUGGCGCACCGUCCACGACUCCUACGGCUUUUAUCCACUUCCUCCAGAAGUUCCACGCGGCGCCAGACGUGAUCAUCUUCUUCCACCUAAGGCCUUUGGAAAUCCCUACAGUUCCAGCUGAAGAACGAUACCAAAUAAUCCGGUGCUUCAUGGGAAACGGACAGGACGGCAAGAAGCCCAUGCCGAACUGCUACCGCGUCGUCAUCCGGCACGGCUACAACGACGAGGUCGUCAGCCAGAAUCUUGGGCUCCUGCUGCAUGAUCAAGUGCACGCUUUCCUCUCGCAGGAAGGCCUCGGCCACGAGGCUGCGCACUCGGGAGGCCACAUGCAGGGCUCGAAGCAAGUGGUGCUGGGGGAAAAGGCGCUGAACUCGGAGAACACAUCGCUCGAACAGUCAGAGCUGACGGAGCGACUGACAGAGCUCCAGCAGGCUUUUUCCAAGCAGGUCGUCUACAUCGUGGGUAAAGAACAGCUCCGCGUCAAGACGCGGACGAACAUUGUCAGGAGAGCCGUGCUGGAGGCGUUUCUGUGGGUCAGGGAGAACACGCGGACCAAGAUCCAGGCGCUGAACAUCCCUGUGGACAAGCUUGUGGAAGUUGGUUUCAUCAAAGAGAUUUGA